AGCUUGUCAAGAACAAGGUUUAUUCAUGAUCUCUUGUGUCUAUCGCGCAUACAUACGUUGAAUCGUUAGAUAAAUAAGGUCGAAGUUUAUCCGACCACUAUUUUGUGAGUAUUGUGUAUGUGAUGUUGGUUUCCAGUAAUCAUUAAAAUGUUGAGAAUAGUGGACGGACGCUAUAAAGCAAUAAUAGUGUUAGUAUUAUGCAGUGGCAUUUGUGGAUUGGAAAUUAACAGAAAUGGAGUGAGUGACAAUUUUGGACAAGAUAAUUUGAACAUUGUGUCACCUCAACUUGUAGAGCCAUUCAUAGAAGACGAAAAUGAUUUGGAAGUAGCGGCAGAAAAUGACAACGACCUAUUUUUGACAAUAGGCGAUGAGUACCGCAAUCAUAAUGAAGGUUCAGUCAAGAAAACUACUAAUGGAGUGGCAGAUGACGUAAUCAAACGGCAGAGACGGCAAGCAGCGCACGGAUACACAUCCCUAUAUCCACAGCUACCAUCAGGAUCCCCGUACAAUCCGUAUCAACCACAACCUGGUUAUAAUCCCUACACUACACAACCAAAUCAACCACAACCUGGUUAUAAUCCCUAUUCUCCAAAUUCUCAACAGCCUGGUUACAAUCCCUAUACUCAAAAUCCAAAUCAGCAACCGACAAACUAUAAUCCUUAUACUCCAAACCCCAAUCAGCAUCUUCCAGGUUACAAUCCGUACACUCCAAAACCUAAUCAAUACCCAAGUUAUAAUUCUUCAAGCCUAAAUCCUUACCAGAAGCCUUCACAAUGGAAUCCGAACGUUUACAAUUCAUCAAGACCAGGUACCAAUUACCAAACUCCAAGUCCUUACAAUCCGUCGGGUCAGAAUCCGUACAAUCCUCAUUCUAAUUACCCAUAUUUUAAUACUUCAACUGCAGGUCAUACGUAUAAACCACCGUAUGGGCAGCAUCCUUUACAAAAUCAAACAUUCAAUUCUUCACCGUACCCAGGUUACAGACCACCAAAUGCUAACUCUUCAUACCCGGGUCAAUCUCCUUACAAUAAUAACUAUCCUUCUUCCGGUAAUAUACAUCCAGUCCAGCCGUAUAAUUCGAGUGGUCAACGUCCACCAUACUCGAGCCCCGGGCAGUAUCCUCCUUAUAAUAAUUCUUCUCCACUACCCAUGCAGCCGAAUCAAUCUCCCUACAGUAAUAAUCCUUACAAUCCUUACAAUCCUAGCGCUCCCAGCUAUCCUUCUCAAAAUCCAGGACAAAAUAAUUUCUUCUAUCCUCAAGCUAAUAAUUCCGCAUAUGAUCCCCGUAGAGUGCCACCACAAAACUUCUCUUAUCAUUAAACGUGUUUAAUUUGUAAACAUUUUUAACAUUUAUCGUUGUGUGUACUACCUAAUUAUAACUUUUUAAUCUUUGCUUGUUAGUUUAUCGUGCUAUUUUGAUUUGUAUAAUUAUACAAUAAAUGAUUGAUAUAAUAAGA